CUCUGAACGAGUUAUUCGUUUUUGUUAUAAAACUUUACCCUUUUCCCUAAUAUCGACAGUUUCUUAAACAUUUUCUUCUUUGAAAAAUCUGUUCUACAAUGGAGAGAGCCUAUUAAGUACCUGGCCUUGAACUCGGAGAAAAUCAUGGGUAGAGCAACGAGGUGGCUUAAGGGCUUGUUCUGGAUAAAGAAGGAGAAAGAGUGUUCUAAUUCUAGUGACCGGAAAGAAGAGAAACGGACUACUUUUGGAAACUCCGGCAGAGACUCUAGAGAUCACUUUUUUCAUAAUCCGGAGACUAUACCAUCGAACAUAUCGGCCGCCGAGGCUGCUUGGCUAAAAUCAUACUACACAGAAUCAGAGAGCGAGCAGAACAAGCAUGCAAUUGCGGUGGCAGAAGCCACGGCGGCAGCCGCUGAUGCAGCCGUUGCUGCUGCGCAGGCGGCGGUGGCGGUUGUCAGGCUUACCAGCCAAAGAAGGGGCUCCAUGAACAUGUUUGGAGGUGAACGUGAGAGUUGGGCUUCUGUGAAGAUUCAGACCAUCUUUAGGGGAUAUUUGGCCAGAAAAGCGCUGCGAGCACUAAAAGGACUGGUGAAGUUACAGGCACUAGUUAGAGGGUAUUUAGUGCGGAAGCAGGCCACUGCAACUCUUCGCAGUAUGCAGGCACUAAUUAGAGCUCAAGCAAUAGUUCGCUCCCAGAAAGCUCGCGUGCUCAUAGUCAACAAUGAAACAAAUAGAUUUGAAGUCCGAGCGCGAAAAUCCAUGGAGAGACUGGAUGAAGGUACUAGAAGUGAGCGUAUGGCUCCAUUCCACGGCAGAAGGCUUUCAGCUUCACUGGACACGAUAAUAAACUCCAUUGAUGGAAGCCCAAAAAUUGUGGAGAUCGAUACCGGCAGGCCUAAAUCAAGAUCUUGCCGGACAAACACUUCAGUUUCAGAUUUUGGUGAUGACCCACCUUAUCAAACACCACUUUCUCCGAUCCCUGCAAGCCGCCGCUUAUCGAUACCCAAUUGCCGGAACUUCCAUGACCAGGAUUACUGGGGCUUAACCGCCGACGAAUGUAGGUUCUCGACCGCACAAAGCACCCCGCGUUUCGUCAACUCGAUUAAUGCCGCCCCGGCCACGCCUGCCAAGAGCGUUUGCGCCGAUAGCUUCUUCCGGGGAUACAGGAGCGAUUUCCCGAACUACAUGGCUAAUACUCAGUGCUUUAAGGCUAAGCUAAGGUCGCAUAGUGCUCCUAAGCAAAGACCUGAACCGGGACCGAUCAAAAGGCUUUCCCUGAAUGAAAUGUUGGAGUCGAGGAGCAGUUUGAGCGGAGUAAUGCAAAGGUCAAGUUCACAAAUAUCACAGGUUCAUGAAGCUGUUAGUUUCAAGAAUGCUGUGAUGGGCAAACUGGAGAGGCCGUCGUCGGAGACUGGUAGGGAACCGGCAGAUAGAGAUUUCUUGCUGAGAAGGUGGUGAAUAUAAGAUUGAAGCUAGAGCAUUAUCGAGUAGGAAAAUGCUGCCACCGAGAGGUGGUCCGAAACAUUUUCCGGAUUUGUUUUGUUUUUGUUUUUUUUAAUAUUUUUUAUUGCUUAAUGGCUAA